AUGACGCUGCAGAGCCAGCUGUGGUCCCCAGCCAUGUGCGUACCCAUGGCUGAGAGCUCCCUCUACCGGCAACGGCUGGAAGUCAUCGCCGAGAAGCGACGCCUGCAGGAGCAGAUCAGCACAGCGCGCCGGGAGCUGGACGAGGAGAGACUCCGCGUGGAGCGGCUCAAGAGGAAGUCUGUCCGUGAACGCUGGCUCAUGGAUGGCACGGCCACCCAGGACCCCGCCCCCCAAGACCCCCAGUCGCCAGAGGGUCAGGCUCAGGCUCGCAUCCAGACGCUGGAAGACAGCUUGUUCACGCUCCAUUCGCAGCUGCAGCUGUUACAGAGUGCUUCUACAGGUGCCCAGCACAAGCCCUGGGGGAGACCCACCUGGCGCCGGCAGGGUCCGCGCCCUCUCUCCCAGCCAGCGAUGGAGAUGGAAACAGGCCUGGCAGGCCAAGCGACCGCGGACAGGAGGGCCUCCUUACCCCUGGAGCCUCUGGCCUCCCCACAGGCCGUCGUGGCUGAGCCCAGGGAGGAGGCAACUGAGGUUCAACCAGCGCCCACGCAGGUCCCAGAAGCCAACGGUCCCUGCCAGGCAGCCAGCCUUGCACCGGAGACAGAGCCCAGCCCGGCCAGGGCAGGGGUGGUGAGGGUGGUGUGGGAGGGACUGAGAGCCACGGAGGACAGUGCCACGGAGGCCACAGGCGCCGAGCUGGAGGCGCAGGUGGAGCAGGUGGUGCGGGAGGCCGUGGCCGAGCGGAGGGAGCCCCGCAGCCCCGAGCCGCCGGCCUGGGUGCGGCAGGACCAGGGCGCUGUGGAGGUGGUGUGGGAGGGCGUGGGGGGCGAGGGGUCGGGUGCGGCGCCCCAGGCAGGAGCCCCCCGGGGCGGCUCGGUGGGAGAGGACGGGUCCUUCAUCUGGGUGGACAGGGUGACGCUGAGUGAGGACUGGGAGGAGCUGCUGAUGGAGGGGCUGGAGGGGCCCGGGGGCGGCGGGGCGGGGGAGGCCUGGGAGGAGGAGCGCAGGCGCGCGGGGGCUGGACCCGAGGGGACCCCCCUGCACCCCGAGGAGCCAGCCCUGGGGGGCGGCGGGGCGGGGGAGGCCUGGGAGGAGGAGCGCAGGCGCGCGGGGGCUGGACCCGAGGGGACCCCCCUGCACCCCGAGGAGCCAGCCCUGGGGGGCGGCACGGGGGAGGCCUGGGAGGCGGGGACCCCCCUGCACCCCGAGGAGCCAGCCCUGGGGGGCGGCACGGGGGAGGCCUGGGAGGCGGGGACCCCCCUGCACCCCGAGGAGCCAGCCCUGGGGGGCGGCGGGGCGGGGGAGGCCUGGGAGGCGGGGACCCCCCUGCACCCCGAGGAGCCAGCCCUGGGGGGCGGCAGGGCGGGGUGGGGCGGCUCCGAGGCCACGCCCUCGGAGGAGGAGCCGAGGGGCGGGGCGGGGCCGAGAGGAGGGGCGGAACCAUUGGAGGCGGGGUCGAUAGAGGGGGCGGGGCAGCUGGAGGAGGAGCCUAUUGUAGGAGCGGGGCCAUUGGAGAAGGAACUAGGAGGAGGGGCGGAGCAGCUGGAGGAGGAGCCGGGUGGAAGGGCGGAGCCACUGGGAGAGGAGCCAGGCAGAGAGGAGGAGCUAAAGGGGGCGGAGUCACAUGAAGAGGCGGAGCAACUGGGGGCGGGAACAACCGGAGGAGAGGGCCCACUGGGGGAGGAGACAGGAGGGGAGGAUAAGGGAGGAGAGGAGGGGCCAAGGGGAGGGGCGGAGCCGCCGGGGGAGGAGACAGGCAGAGGGGCGGGGCCACCGAGGGAGGAGCCUGCAGGGGAGGGGGCCGGUCUGGGGGAGGAGACCCUGGCGGAGGAGGGGAAAGGAAGCGAGGAGGGUCUGCAGGGGCUGGGGGAGGAAGCACCGCAAGGGGCUGCAGCGGAUCUGAAGGAUUCCAGGGGAGGAAGUCCGCCCCAGGCUGAGGAAGUGAGCAAGGCUGAGCCGCCCCUGCAGGUGCAGCCCCCGGAGGAGCAGGAGAAGCAAAAGGAGCAGGUGGAGCCCCAGGAGGAGCAGGAGGAGCAGGCGGCAAGGCAGACUGGCCGCCUUGCCCAGGCAGCCCCAGAGCAGCCCUCGGAGCGCCAGCCAUUGCUGCAGCAGGAAAGGCCUGGGGCCCACCCAGUGCCCACCUACGCACCUGCCAGGCAGCCAGAGCCACCUGCCCCCCGCGAGGGCCAAGGGGCGGCCGGCCCGAAACAGAAGACGUGCCAGUGUUGUGCAGUGAUGUGA